AUGGGUGGUUGUGCCGGAAAAACGGUGGCAACCAAACCGGCUCUACAGCCUCCUUCUGAAGAAAUGCCAAGGCCGAAAACGCCACCGUCCGCGCAGCCCAACAACUAUCCGUGCUUCGUUGCACUAUUUGAAUACGAGGCCAGAACUGACGACGACCUCAGCUUCAAAAAGGAUGAGGUGUUGGAGAUUCUGAACGAUACGCAAGGUGAUUGGUGGUUUGCUCGUCACAAAACUACUGGAAAAACUGGCUACAUUCCAAGUACUAUGUAG